AUGGCCGCCACGAGUGUGGCUGAGGCAGUGUAUGGCUUCAUCCAGCUGGGUAAUUUCGAUGCUUUGAAGAAAUUCACCCCGGACGAUUUUGAUUGGUCUCAGACUUUUGGCCAUCAGGGCAUAUUGCCACUAUCUGCCGCCCUUUCCAACACCGCACUUCCUCCUCCGGCGAUGUUUGAGUGGAUGAUUGAAGCGGGAGCGGAUCCGCUGCAAAAGCAUCCGGCCAACACAGAGCCCGUUUGGGUUCUAAGCAAAAAUGACAAUCCGGAGGAUACCAAAAUCCGAAUUGAAUUGGCUGGGCUUUCUGCUCUCACUUUCGCUUUUGCGAUGAUUGCGGAAAUGCGCAAGGGCAAAGGUGGUGCAAACUGGUCAGCCCGCGUCACUGAGGUGGAACAGAUCCUGGCGAUCCUGGCGGAGGGCAGCUCCCCGAAAUGCAAAAACCUUUCGGUGCCCCAGAGCUUGGUGGACAUGUGGGAGUCCGUGCGGGAGAUGGACUCCACUCACAAUGUGGUCUUCGAAGCAGCGGAUGGUGAGGUGUCGGCUCAUGACCUCAUCCUUACUGCGGCGUCCCCCGUUCUGAAGGCCAUGCUGGCGUCGACCAUGAAGGAGGGCUCCAGCAAGCGCAUUCCAGUCAAGGACGCCACGAGCACUGGCGUGCGGCUCUUCGUGGACAUGCUGUACACGAGCUCGACGCGCGAGGAGCCUGAUUAUAAGAUGGGGCUGGUGGCCCUGGAUUGGGCACAUCGCUGGCAGGUCCUUGGCUGGGUAUCGGUUCUCUCGGCCAUGCUGCAGAAGAUGAUUGCGCCGUCCAGUUUCGUCGCCAUCGCCGAGGCGGCGGUGCUCAUGGACCUUGAGCCAUUGCAACGAGCUUGCAGGACCUUCGGGUCCACAAAUGCAAAAGUCAAGGCCAUGCUGAAGAAGGGCACUGUUCCUGCAGCUGUGCGCAAGCUACUCGGGCAGCCCGAGACCCCUGCGGCAGAGGAGCCAGGAGAGCAGAAGAGGCGGCGGACCUUUUGCGCACGCUGA